GCCUGGGCGGCUCAGACUGACGGGGCGGCGGCGCCGUGGGGCCGACUCCGCAGGGCGAGUCAUCCCGGGUCUCGCGAGGGUCACGUCUGUGAAAACGCCGGGGAAACCGACUGCGCGUCAGUGCGGCGCCCAGCGGCCGCGCCGAGCAGACGGGAGGCCGCACGUCCCGGGGCCGCGUCCCCGCAGCCGCAGCCGCCGACGAGCGCGGAGUGAUAAGAGCCUCAAGAAAAUCCGAUGGCUUCUGGGGAUUUUUGCUUGCCUGGAGAAGGGAUGGUAGUACUCCAACAAGUGUGCAGCAAACAGCUUCCUCCUUGUAACUUGAGUGAAGAAGACCUCUUACAGAAUCCACACUUCAGCAAACUGUUGCUCAGUCUCUCACAGUAUAUGGAUGAGAGUGGCUUAAGUCUCACCCUGUCAAAGGAGCAGGACCAGGCAUGGCAGGAAGUUCGGCUGCGUAAGACAACAUGGUUGAGGUCUGAAAUUUUACAGAGAGUCAUUCAGGAGCUGCUUGUAGACCACUAUGUAAAGACACAAGACACACAUUUAACUUCUGAGGACAAAAAGUUUCAUGAAACCCUAGAACAGCGGCUACUUGUGACUGAACUGACCCGGCUCAUAGUUCCAAGUCAGACGAAGGAGCUGUCUCCCCUGCUACGGCUGGAGAAAGUGGACCUUCUGGAGCUCAUGCCACCCUCAGAGGAUUUUGUGUGGAUGAAAGCUCGGCUCCAGCUAGAAGUAGAAGAGCAGCUCAAGAAGAAAUGUUUCACUCUGCUCUGCUACCAUAACCCCAGUGCAGAUUCAGAUAGUGAAAGCCUGAAGGCAGCAAAGGUGUGGAAACUGGCAGAGGUCCUGAUGAAUGAGAAACAGCAGUGCCAGCAUGCCAAGAACCAGCAGAAGGAGCGGAUGGUACUGCUGGAGAAGAAGAGUGCCACCUACUCCCAGGUGCUUCUCCGCUGCCUUGCCUUACUGCAGAGGCUUCUCCAGGAACAUCGGCUGAAGACUCAGUCUGAGCUGGACCGCAUCAAUGCCCAGUACUUGGAGAUCAAGUGCAGUGCCAUGAUCCUUAAGCUUAGGAUGGAGGAGCUAAAGAUUUUGUCUGACACUUACACCGCUGAGAAAGUGGAAGUUCAUCGUCUCAUUAGGGACCGUUUGGAGGGGGCUAUUCGCUUACAAGAGGAGGACAUGGAGAAGUCUCGACAGGUCCUGAGCAGCUAUGAGGUCCUUGGGGAGGAGUUCGACAGACUGGUGAAAGAGUACACCCAGCUCAAGAAGACAACCGAUGACAAGCGCUGGGCCCUGCAGGAGUUCAGCAAGGAUUACCACUGACGGUGGGGCCAGAGGCCGAGCUGCUCUCCACGCCUGCUCCCAGCACCAACUCCACCCACCACUAGUUUCACUCAAAAUGACGUUGGGCCACUUUGAAACACGGCAGCGACUGAGGCACCUUCCUAGUUUUUCUUUUGUUUUUACAAUGACCACGUCCCAGAAAAUGUAACAGAUUAACAGAUCGAUGUAAUUUUUUUUGUUUGU